GUAUAGGAUUCGAAAUUGCUGAAGGUCGUUGGUUUCUUUAAGAGGUCCCUCAUUAGUUGGGGAUAAUGGUUUCCAGCUAGCGUCUUUUACUAUGGGGAAUGCUCAUGCCUUACAGAAACAUCAGCUUUCAAAUGUUGGGAGUGGAAUGACGAGUUUCGUAGGCAUGAAAGAUUUUGAAAGUCGUUGGAAAUCCUUCAUGAAUUCACUUGAUUUGUCAGCCGAACAUAUAAAACAAAUUGAAUUGUUAGAUGAAGAAAAGAAGGCAGAGCUACUGUCAAACUAUGAAUUAAAAAACCCUAGGUGUUCUGCUUUUCACUAUGUUGCGCUUUUAAAAGCUAGUCGGAUUGAAUUCAUUUGGAAAAAGAAAGUCGACGGUUCAGCAUUUCGUUCUCUACUAUCGUCAGUAGAGAUUUCUCUUCGUACCAACAAUGUUGAAUGGGUUUAUGACUUUUUAGAUCUCGAGGGCCUUGAGGCACUAGCCGAUCUAAUGUUACAAUGUAUGCAUUUUCUACCAGGACAGGACACGACAUUCGGCCCACGAAUAUUUUGUGGGAGUAAAUCCUCAGACGAAACUUACCGGGAUCGUUACGAAAUAUCUUGCUAUGCAGAAGUUCCUAACUUCAUCCGUAAUAGUAGCAUAAAGUCAACCCAGUUUUCACCAAACAAUGCAUUUUUACCCAAAUCCAUUAUUCACAGUAGCUGUUCACCAAAAGGUUCUCUACUCACUGUAUCGUUCUUAGACUUUCUCGAGGAUUGCUUACAUCUGUCUCUCCGUUCACUUAAGGCCAUAUUGAAUAAUCAGAGAGGGUGUAGAAGAGCUAUGGAGCAUGCACUUGUCAUUAAUCUAGUAACAUUUUGUCUUCUGCAUCCUAAUUAUUCAACAAAAACGCUAGCACUAGAUAUGCUUACUGCAUUGUGUCUGAUUGAAGGUGGUCACGUGAAAGUCUUGCAAUCCUUCGAUAGGUUACGCGUUGUGAUGGGUGAAGGAUUGAGAUUUGAGCUUCUUUUAGCGGCAUUCAGAUACCACGAGUCGCUUGAUGAAGAAAGCUACAAUCUAGAUUUUGCAGUAACAUGCGUGCAAUUUCUCAAUAUUAUUGUUCAUUCACCAGAGAAUAUAAAUUUACGAGUAUAUUUACAAUAUGAACUCCACUUACUUGGAUUUGAUGAUUUGUUAAAACAAAUUCGUGAUCGUUCUGGGUCACGAUUAAAAGUUCAAAUUGAAGCCUAUUUAGAUAAUCGUGUAGAUUGUUCAUUACUACUGGAAGAUGCUGAAGCUAAGGAGGCAGCUGUUCUGGAACAAGAACGUUUGGAAAAGCGAUUGGAAUCAGAAAUGGCUAUAGCUAGAAAAUCUGAAGAGAAUUUUAAGCUCAAAGAAACUGAACUUCUUCGUGUUGCUGAAUCACUACGUAUAAAAAACCGAGAAUUCGAAAUAGCUGCUGCUGAUCGUGAAUCUGCAUUGUACAAACAAAUCAAUGAAUUAUCUCGUAAUAUUCAGUUAGCUCAACGAGAAAUAUCUGAUUUGAAACAAAAUUUACAUCUCGCGCAAACGUGUAUAACGAAGUCAUUCACUACAAUGUCCACUUCAACACAUUUUGAAAAUUCAAAGAGGAAUUCAUCAAUAACAAACAAUAGCAUUGAUCAAAAUUCCUCAUCUGAUCCACCCACAUUAGUAACACGAGCUGUGUCUAUCGAAGAUACUUUUUCUUCUUCGCACCAUUGUAACGGUAAUAAUGGGCAAAAACAUCAUUAUCAUCCUAGUCCUUCUGGUUCCGAAGCCUCAUUAAGCAAUAACACUAGUGACAUCAAUUGCAAUAAACAAGGCUCUUCAAGUGUUUAUACCGAUGCGAAUUCAUCAUUGAUUUAUCGGUCUAAAUUGGAUGUUCAGUAUAAUACUGAAGAGCAACAACAGGCACCCGUAAAACCCCAAAGAAAAGUAACAGAUCAAAAAGUAAAUAAUCUAUUUAAAUCCUGUGCCCUACAAAAUUUUACUACAUGCAAACAGUUAGCUAACCAAGCAGCUAAUUAUUUAGCCGAACUAGUCAAAUUAGUUUCUAGUUUAUCAGCAGCAGAACUGUUCAGUGCUGAAAAUGAUUCAUCCAAUGAUCGUUUAAUUAUGGUUUAUCCAAUUGGUUGGGAAUUUUCAUAUUCUUCUUCGUGUCCUUCUCCUCUUUCUUCUCACAAUGAUGAUAGUGUGAUCACACAGUUAACAGCAACAUCACUGGAUACUAUAUUCAAUGAUCGAGUAUUCAGGACAUGUUAUUUAGCGAAUAUAUCUAUGAAAGCUGAAGGAAUCUGUACUAACUCGGAAGAUUUCUUUCAUAUUUAUUCUAAUCAACUACCAGAUUUAUGGUUUAAUGCAUAUAAAAAAUUACCACAGAAUUCAUUAAACAAACAACAAACUUUAACAUCAAUUAAUUCAUUGCAUAAGACUGAUGAUUCAGUCGAUACAAGACAUUCAAAGGUUUUUGAUGAUCUUCAUAGAGUCGGACUUUUAGAAACCUCCUCUAAUAAUCGGUCACUGGAAAAUAUUGAAGCAGUCAACAUCGUUUAUAAUGAAUAUGAUAGGGAGAUCAAAUAUAAUUUUUCUAGAUCAAAACUAACUGAAUAUUUAUUACAUUUGAAAUUGAAUCCUAUUAUUACACAACGUUUAUUAAAUGAAAUUCAUUGUUUAGCAGAGAAUCUUAGAAGUAAUAAUAAUAAUAGUUUUAUGAUAAUGAAUUCAUCAACUAUUGAAUUGUUCGAACAACUGGAAAACGUAUUUCAAAAGUAUUUUAGUCAAUUCAAUAUCGACGAGUUAUUCCUUUGUAUUACUGGUACUGAUAAAAAUCAACAACGUUGGCCUUGUCUACUCACUUUACUGCAUGGUAAUCUUAUUAAAUUUACUCUGAUUGAAGAAUUGAAACUUAUUAACGAGAAUAUAUCAUUAGUUCUUGAAUGCUGUACAAGUAUACUAGCCAGUACUAAAUUACCAUUAAUUAUACAAUUAGUUUGGAGAUGUACAAAUGUGUUAUUGAAUGAUCACAAAUCAACUGGUUUUCAAUUGAAAAGUUUAGAUUCUCUGAUAGAUUGGCAGUUCACAUUACCACGAAUAUCUAAUACUAAAAGUCAAAUAGUCCAACACGAUCAACAAUCCUCUACAACAGCAAUUCAAGUUAAUGAGAUGAAAUUUUUGAAAACAGAUUUCAUGUUAAUGUUUGUCAAAUAUAUCAUGAAAAUUUCACCAAAUUUAUUAAACUGGACAUCGGAGUUAAAUCAAUUGGAUGUUGUGUCAAGAAUUUCAAUAUCUGAUUUAUUCAAACGUAUCGAAUAUGUCAAAUCAAAUUUAACAUUUUUAAUUCAUUAUUCUAAAACUACUGAAUUUGCGAAUAGUAAUAAUUAUACUAAUAACAAUCAUAAUGAUAAUAAUAAGGAUAACAAAAUGACAAGCCAAGGUAAUUUGUCAUUAGAAAAUGUAGCAUUGAUUAUUCGUUUACUUGAAUUGUUAACAAAAACAUCAGAAACAGUAAGUUGCAUUUUACAUUCAACUGCUUAUUGGAUCAAGAGAUUUCAACCGUCAUUAUCUACAUCACCAAGUUGUAAUAUGAUGUUAUCGGAUGAUUGGUUAAAUCCGCUUGUCAGAUUUGCAUUUUCAUUCAAGCUUAAAAGUAGAUUUAUGUGGACCAGGAAGCGGUUAGGAAUCCGAUAUCAAAACUUACAAGUACAAGACAUACCAGAGAUUUACUCUUCUAACAAUUUUUCCAUUGGUGUCAUUUUUUAGUCACUUCAGUUCUCAAAAUUGUUAGAGAUAGCUACUGUGUGCAAGUGUAAUUGCAGAAACUGCACAACGACAAACUAUGAGGUGCAAAAUUAGAUUUUCAUAGUUUGCUUCAAAUCUAAGAAGUAAAUCAGUAAUAUCAAACAAGUGAUGCACACAUCAAAUUAAUGUUAUUAAAAACAAUUUAAGAAGUCUUAAUUGUAUUCCGUAAGUUUAUUUCAUACACAGUCUAUGACAUGUCACACUCUGUUUUUCCCUAAUUUAUAAUCGACAUCGUAAACCAUAAAAAUUCUGUGAGUUAUUUAGAAUUUAAAAUCCCAUUAGUUGCAAUCGAUUUGUCGAGACAUAUGGGAAUAUUUCUUUGAAGCAAUUUUAUGUUUUUAUGCUUGUAAUAGAAAGAUUCAUAGUUCAUAAACAAAUAAAUAAUAUUGAUACUGUUACUGAUUUAUUUUUAGAAUUGUGUCAAUGAUCUCGAUAAAAAGUCACCUCAUUCACAAAAUUCCUCAUUAAAUAUACACGAUACUCAAUCUUCUAGUCAUUCACAUCAUCGUCACAGUCAAAAACACUUGAAAGAACAAGAAAAGGUAUUAAAUUUAAUUCUGUUUUCAUUUUCCAUUGGAAAAAGAAUUCCACCUUUUUGUUGUUGUUUUUCUUUUACAAAAAGGUUACUAUGGCACAAUCAACUUCUGAUAUAAUUGACAAAUUUUAUUUAAAUACUUUUACUGACACUGAAUGAAUCGGUUGUUUCGUACAACCAAUUUACAAGUUCUCCAACUGUGAAUAAACUAUGUAAAAUAGGAUUACUAGUUAAUUAAAUGAAUUUACUAUUAGAGCAGUGGAGAGAUGAUUUAGUGGUUCGACUUUUGGUCACUGAGUCGAAGGUUCGAUCCCCGCCCUCCCCUACCUCCGGCACCCAAGCAGUAUCAGUAACCUUCACUGUUAGACCGUGACUCGAGGCCAUAUUAAAUAAGUUAUUAUCAGAAUUAAACUGUCAUAGAUAGAAAAAAGUUUCAACCAAGAUAAUAAGACUCAUCAUGUAACCAUUGAAACCAAUCGAGAAUGGAAAUAUGUAGGCUACAGAACAACCAAUCAGGCCUCACUCCUAACAUUUUUACUAAUACUUUCAUAUAAUAUUCAUUUACUCAGUGAAGGAUUCUCGGCACGAAACACGCAAUAUUGCAGUAAAUUCAUUUUUAGUAUACAUUGUAGUUGUAAAGAUUUAAAAAUUAUAUUCUAGAGAAAAUAUUUACAAUCAUUAUCAACCAGUUCUGUCUCUUUGACAUGCUUUCAUUGUCCAAUAUAUUUGAUAAUAAUUAAUCAAGUCGAUAUUAAAAAUAUCAAAUUAAUACAAUAAGGUUAUCCCAACUACAGAGAAACGUGAGUAGCUGAAGCUCUCCAUACAUUGCUAGAUCUUACUGCCCUCAAUAUAAAAGUCCUUACUAUCCAUCCGACUUGGACCAUCUGUCCGAGCUAACAUAUCUGAUUCUAUUCACAUCUCACACUGUUAUCAUACAUACUGAUUCAACUCUAUCCUUUUACAUUACGAAUUUCAUGUUUUUCUUCCAUUAACACACAAAAAUACAAUAUAUCUCACAUGAAUCACAUUAACCGGAAUGACAUGUCAUCGACUGAGAACUGCUUUUUUGAUUGAUCCUACUAAGUAAUUUUGCUUGAUACCUUUGUACUAUUUAAAAUUAGGUUAAUUUAAUUUGUUUACUUAUUCUCUGAAGAGGUGGCUGACAUGUAGUCACGAAACGUCGGAAAAUGUUAUUUUUCUACUCAUUCAGAUGGAACAAAUAUAAUAUUUUUAAUAAUAGUAGUAGUACUCGUUUUAUUCAUUACUAUGAUCCAUGUUACAGUAAGGAGUUUUCAACAUCGGUUGUCCAACGUCGCAAUAAAUUUCUCAUUAACAUACAUUUAAGUUGAAAUUAUUCGGAGAAUUAUGUUGUAUAAAUGACUUUUUCAAUAGUUAGUAUCUGCCGCUUAUCUUUAGUCGUAAAGUCUUUCUAUCAGUUCUCAGGUGCCAAAAUUGUCUCCAUACACUUCGUGAACUUAGAAGAUGCAAAACACAUACCGAACCUACGGACACUAAUUGCCAACUGAAUGAGUGCAGAUUGCAUGUCUUUGGUAUCAUCACCCAGUAAGACAAUAUCAUCCGCAUACUGAAGGUCGAGAAGUCAUUCUCCAGGCAUUCGUUUAAGCGUUGCGGAAUUCUAGAGAUUGAUUCUAUUAUGGCUUGCAGUAUUCAAGAUUGAUACUGAUACACAAAUUUAUGUGCGAGACCCGAGCGUCUACUGAGUGAGAAGACUAAGAGCGAAGGGGGAAGCUUACAGAUCAAACUGAAUCAAAUGAAUAAAAACUCAUUUAUGUGUGUACGUGUAUAUGUACUCCUUAGAAUGUAAAACUAUUUCUUGACCAAUGACUUGCACUUAUCAAUAGGAGAACUUCAAUUGGCUCAAUGUGAACUCCUCAUUCUGUGGAUUGCGAUUGGUCCAUUUUCUCAGGUUUAGUAGUGUCAAUAUUAUUAACGCUUGGUAACAUCUAAAUGAUUUUUGAUAUAAAAGCGUUUUAUAAGGGAAAAUGUGUAGCAACAUCUCUGGCCAAUAGAAGUUUAGAAAGGUUUUGUAAAAAGUCGAUAUCAUACUUUAUCAUUUUUCAUUCAUUCCCUGUUGAACAAAGAUCCCAUCCUCGUCAAAACGUGAAAAUCGUCAUCGUAAGCCACGUACUCGUCAACUGGAUACAGACGGUCUAAUGGAUGAUAUAUUACACAAUCUCACUUUGAAUCCUCUAAGAGCAGAUAUACAUGUGAAACGAUCAGACAAGAUUGAUUAGAUCAAUGCUACUUCUUUCCCCUUCAAUGACACCAUAUAGUUUUCAUGAUAAUAAUACACGAACUAGUGCUGUUUUGCAAGUCUUCCUACAAAUAUACAUUCCUGUGAAUGGAAACCUUUAUCCCUUCGUUUUCCUUUCAUUUAAGGCGUUUCAUCUUACCGUUUAUCUAAUCUGCUUUGUUUUCCUUGAUAUUUGUACAAAUUAUUUUAAUGCUACGUAUUACCACUUAGUUAUAUAUAUCCCUUUUAGCAGAUAGUUAUUUUAUAAAGUACCUUGACCUCUGUGGUGCGUUGUCCUUUUGAACGUAAUUAUUUAAACUUAUGAAAAUUUACAUCUCAAUUUUUAUUCUUGCAGCAUUUCUUUCGAUUUAUUCGCGAAAACUUCAUCUGUCUGUCCCGAUUGUACUGUUUUAAGCUAUUGAAUGCUCCUCCUGAAUAUGUGUGUAUACAGGUACUUAUCCCUCUAUAUAUCGAGUACAUAAUAUCGUAUAAAUAUGCCUCAUCAGUGUCAUUAUUGUUUGCUUGUUGAAUACUGUAAACAGAUUAAUUUACUUUUCAUUUUAUCACCUUAACCUUUAUUCCUUUUACAUCAAUAAAUAAAGCAUCUUAUCCUUGUCAGCAGUUAUGUUGCAAAUUUCCUUUUUAUUGUGGUUGGUUAGUUUGCAUUGACAUAGAUAUUUGAGACUAGUUUGAAUUACCAACUUCUUUUGCAACCAGGUUGAUAGAUAAGUUUGAACAAUUAGAAAUGAUUUGGGAUAUUAUUCAGUUUUUGAAUAAAAAUUAGACACUAGACGUAACUACCAGUUAUUUCGUAUAGACGGAGUGAACCUUAGUGAGCGUGGAGUUUUGGUAGAAC